CAAACAAGCUUGAUGGGCAGAUUGGCCUCCUCUCUUUUGUAAACUUCUUAUGUUAUUAUCGAGAAGUCAUUAUUCAAUCUUCAUUCUCUUUUCAAGCAAUUCAUUAUAAAGUCAUCAUUUAUCAUUUGCAUUUGGGUAGAAAUAAAGAAGUUUAAUGUAGAACCGUAUUGAAGGUUACUCUAAAUAACUGACAACAAAAUUUAAUUGACAUUAAGUUAAAUUAAAGCCAGGAUAAAGUUUAAUAUUCAAAAUGUUCAAAUAAAAUUUUGUCACAAUUCAAUAUCAAGUUUGCAGAUUUUCUUAAGAACUUCAGACCUACAUAAUAAAAUCUAUUGAUAUUACUAACUGUUGACCUCAUUAAUACAAUUAACCAAUUAAUGCAUUUUCCUGUCACUGAUUGUAUAAAGAGCAUUCAUUGUCUGAAGAGAGUGAAUCAGUUAAAGGUUAAAGUGGAGAAGAGCUUAAUGAUUGUUCAUACAGCUCAGCACGUGGGGUUGGAGAUUCACAAGGUAAACAGCACAUUAAAAAGUUAACAGUUAAGUAGCAUAAUUUUAAAGCCCUAUUCUUUUAAAUACAUUUUUGUGUGAAAUCGGCUUUUGGAAAUGCACCAGUCCGAAAUGUGUUUUUAUUAGUUGCAAGUUAGUGGUUUUUAUUACCUUGUUCUACAUUUUUGUUGAUUACAUUGGAUGGAUGGAGGGAGGGACGGAUGGACAUUUCUCUUUUUUUUAUGAGAAAGAAGACUUCAAGCCAUGAAGUUGCAGAAAUUUGUAAUGAACACUUCAUCAAAAUGUCAAAAACUAAUUUCAGUAAGAGUGAAAUGUCACAAACACUGCUGAAGUUCCCAACAAAUUGAGGUCACAGAAUAACCAGGACAUGGCCUCCUGAUUGGCUAAACUGAGCACACCCACCAAAUAAUUAAAAUAUAAUCCCCAUAGCACAGACUCAGCAUCACACUGGACUUUGAGGUAGGAUCGUUGAUCCCAGGAAGUCCUUAACAUGUGAAGGCUAAACACUCUCUGCUGUAACUCCGGAUGAAGGACUGUAUCAUGGUAUUCAUCUCAGUGCAAUUGUUCUGCAUUCAGUAGAAAGAGAAAUUAAUUUUAAGUCUGGGGUGAGUUCAGGACUAACAGACAAAUCCUUUACACUAAAAUAUCCAAUGGCUCCUUUCACCCACAUACUGACCUGCCUGUUCGGCACAGGCUCCUGGGUGUCCAUCAGUGGAAUGUGGGUGGAGCUCCCUCUCAUUGUCCCUGAAAUCCCAGAGGGCUGGUAUUUGCCCUCUUACCUCUCUGUCAUCAUCCAAAUGGCUAAUAUCGGCCCCCUGUUUGUCACCCUCAUGCACCGCUUCCGCCCAGGCUGGCUGAAUGAGGUGGCAGCCAUUUUGUUCAUCAUCAGCCUAGGGACCAUGGCCAGCUUCCUCCUGGCUUUCUUCUGGAAGGAGACCCUUGUGAUCGGGGGGGUCCGUCACAGUGUGACCCUCUUGGUUCUCACCUUCUUCCUUGCCUUGGUUGACUGUACAUCCUCAGUCACCUUCCUGCCGUACAUGAUGCGACUGAAACCACAGUAUCUCACCAGCUACUUUAUCGGAGAGGGCCUCAGCGGAUUCAUCCCAGCUGUGGUGGCACUGAUCCAAGGAGUAGGUGUGGUCCAGUGUCACAAUCAGACUCUAACGACCAAUGGGACACUGGGAAAUGCCACACUGGGCUAUGAGCUCAAGGCCUACUACCAGCCAGCCAACUUCUCCACUCAAACUUUCUUCCUCUUCCUGAGCACCAUGAUGGCGAUAAGCCUUCUGGCCUUUCUAUUCCUGAACAUACAUCUUGCUGUGGGGCGCCAACGCAACUCUGGCUGGUACCAUGACAGGGAUCUGGGAGUGGACAAGGGCGGCCUGGCACUUAGGCAUCAAGAGCAGUCGGAGGAAAGACCCAUGAUCCGGCCUUUACGUAACCUCAAGAGAAACGCUUGCAGCUCCUUUGGAACUGGGACCUACAUGUGGAUUGAAGUGCUCUUCAUUUUCUCCAUGCUGGCCUGGGUUAAUGCUGUGACUAAUACUGUGCUACCCUCAGUCCAGUCAUAUGCAUGCCUGCCCUAUGGGAAUAAUGCCUACCACCUCUCCGUCACCAUGGCAGCACUGGCUAACCCCCUGGCCUGUUUAAUUGCCAUGUUUUUCCCCAUAAGGUCUUUGCUGCUGAUGGGCACUCUCACUGUCAUUGGCACUGGGAUUGGGGCGUACAUCAUGGGUAUGGCGGUGCUGAGCCCUUGUCCGCUGCUGGUCCAUGAAAGUUCCGGAGCUGUUCUUAUUUUGGAGCCUUACAUGGAUGAAAGGUUCAUUUCCCGUGCUUUCGCCACUAUCGGAGAGCAGGUAGUUGGAGUGAGAGUCAUUCGCAACAAGAUUUCUGGGGACCCCCUAGGCUACUGUUUUGUAGAACUGAGAGACAAAGCUACAGCAGAAAGAUGUCUCCGGAAAGUCAAUGGCAAACCGCUUCCAGGAGCCACACCGCCCAAACGGUUCAAGUUAAGUCGAGCCAACUAUGGGAAACAAGGAGACAGCAGCCAGUCGUUCUCUCUUUUUAUUGGUGACCUGUCUACUGAGGUAGACGACGGAAUGUUGUACGACUUCUUCCUCAGCCGUUACCCCUCCUGCCAAGGAGCUAAGGUGCUGUUGGAUACCUUGGGUAACUCCAGGGGCUGUGGGUUUGUGCAGUUCCCCAAUCAAUGUGACCAGAAGAGAGCACUUCUAGAGUGCCAGGGGACCAGGGGGCUGGGGACCAGGCCGUUGAGGCUAAGUGUGGCUACAAAUAAGAUAAGCAAAACUAGUUCAUCAGACAAACCCUGCCAGACUUACACUUAUACCUGCAAUGAUGACUACAACUACAGCAAUACUCUCCAGCAGUACCAGCAGCCUUACUCUAAUUACUAUUCAGACUGGGCCUACAGCCACGCUGUAGAUAACUAUAGCUACAGCUAUGGGCAGACUGACUACACACAGAACUCCUCACAGACAUUUGAAGAGAUGGUAGAUGAAGAUCUGGAGGACCCCUGCGCUGAGCUGGAUGUGGCAGAGGCCAACCGACGGUUCAUGGAAGAGAGUGAGGAGCUGUAUGAUGCCCUAAUGGAUUGUCGCUGGCAGCUGGAUGACCAGGAAUAUAACUGUAUGACCUCCUACAGUACAUUGGAAUGGAUCCACACACUAGAUGUGUAACUCUUAGCUGGGAUACCUGAUAUAGUUGAAGGAAUUUAUGGUAUGCAGACUUUUCUGUGGGGAUACUUUGAGGUCUGCAAUUUGUUACUACCCUCCUAUCUGUGACAGAAGACAGCUUAAACUAUUUUUUCAUUAAUGGUGCAGUUACAGGUGUGCUCAUAGAAUCAUUUAAUGUAGGAGUGCUGUAUAGAAUUUUUGGAACCUUUUUUUAGUUUGCCAAUGGAUGUCAAGAAGAGUAAAGACAACUUUUUUUUUGGGGGGGGUGGGUUGGUGGGUUAACUGUGAGGGUAGUAUUCACUGUCUUCCAGGGCAUUGAGAGGAUGGGAUAUAUGAAUGACAUAGUCAUCAUCUCACACUCUAAUGCCAAACUCACAUUCACAUGACUGUGUGAGGUGCUCACUGCUGAGCUACACAGUGUGAUGCUGUACAGAAAGGGCCAGAUGUGUCUCGAGUUCUGAUUGGACAGCAUCUGUCUUCUUUCGGAGUGAUUUGCUUUCUAAUUUUUCCAUUUAUUUAUUUUUGCAAGUUCAGUAGACUCCUAAUAAACUCCCAAUUUCACUUA